ACAAAUGAGUUCCCAAGACUUCUCUCCCUUCCAAACUUCCCCAUACAAACGCUCCCUUCUCCACAGAGUCCCUUCUCUAGUUGCAGAUGGCUUCCUCUUCGUUGGUGGAGCAGCCAUGGCUUUGUCUCUUGUCUACGCACUCCUUUCCUUCUUAAACCCCACCUCAACCUUCGACACCAUCAUCACAUACUCCACCACCUCUCAAGGCCCUGACUUCGGCUACGACCCACCUGAGCCGACGUUCUAUGACGACCCCAGCCUCAGCUACUCGGUUGGCGACGCCAUACAGAACUGGGAUGAGAAACGCAGAGAGUGGCUUAGGGUUCACCCUUCUUUUGGUGUUGGCGAUAAGGUUCUUAUUGUCACGGGGUCUCAGCCUUCAGUGUGUAAGAACCCUGUUGGGGAUCACUUACAGUUGAGACUGUUCAAGAACAAAGUAGACUACUGCAGGCUUCACGGCUGCGAGGUUUUCUACAACAACGUUCUUCUGGACCCUAAAGGCACCGGUUUCUGGGCCAAGUACCCGAUUCUCAGAGCCGCCAUGGUGGCGCAUCCGGAGGCCGAGUGGAUCUACUGGGUCGACUCGGACGCCAUCUUCACCGACAUGGAGUUCAAGCUGCCGUUGGAGAAGUAUAAAAAUUAUAACUUGGUUGCUCACGGGUGGUGGCACUUGGUGAAGCAGCAGAGCUGGACAAGCCUCAAUGCCGGUGUGUUCUUGAUUAGGAAUUGUCAGUGGUCCUUGGACUUCAUAGAUGAAUGGGCCAGCAUGGGACCGCAAGGACCGGCCCAAGAGAGGUGGGGGGAGAUUCAGAAAUCAUUGCUCAAGGACAAGCUGUACCCAGGGUCAGAUGAUCAGAGUGCUCUAAUCUACCUUGUGCUGAAGAAGAAGCAGAAAUGGGGGGACAAGGUUUACUUGGAAAGUGAGUACAACUUCCAGAGCUACUGGCUUGGGGUGGUGGAUGGGCUUGAUAAUAUUACCAAAGGGUACAUGGAGGUUGAUAGAGAAAUGGGGAAGCUGAGGAGGCGGCAUGCUGAGAAGGUGAGUGAGGUUUAUGGAGAAAUGAGGGAGCAGUAUAUGAAGGACAAGGGGAUGUGGAGGGAGAAUGUGAGGAGGCCUUUUGUGACACAUUUUACUGGGUGUGAGCCUUGUAGUGGGGAUUAUAAUCCCAUUUAUACUUGGGAGGAUUGUUGGAAUGGGAUGCAGAAGGCUUUGAACUUUGCAGAUAAUCAAGUGCUCAGGAAAUAUGGAUUUGUGCAUCCAGACCUACUCAACUCUUCAUUGGUUACUCCUUUGUCAUUUGAUUUCCCUGCUUGAAUUUAUUGUUCAUUUCACGUUCGUUUUUAGAGACAAAUAGUGUAAAUAAACAAGAGACUGCUAAUUUCUGAGUUUGAUUGCAGUUUAGAUUCUCCUGAAUCGUAAUGAAACAAAUUUCCAUACAGAA